CGCGCCUCGCCUAUCAACAUGUGUGUAAGAUGUGUUGACUGGAGCCAACGUGCUCACUAAAAAAAGAUUAUCAAUUUGACUUAAAGGUUAUUGACAAAGUGCACGCGGGGUUGUCUGUGUCUCAAGCAUAAUGGCAAAUAUCAACUUUCAUUUCAAAACAAAUUACGCUGUUUCAAGUAAGAUUGAACCUUUUUACAAAGGUGGAAAAGUGCAGAUCAGCAAAGAUGAAAAAUACAUCUUUUGCACCUGUGGAUCUCGAGUUAAUGUUUUGGAGAUCAGUACCGGGAAGGUCAUCCACAGCAUUGAGCAUGAUGAUCAAGAAGACAUCACAUCGUUUGCGUUGAGCUGUGAUGAUGAGAUGCUUGUAACAGCCAGUAGAGCGCUUCUUCUGAAGCAGUGGGACUGGAGGCAACCACAAUGUACUCGCUCCUGGAAGGCCAUACACACAGUUCCCAUAGCCAGCAUGACUUUUGACUCCACCUCCACACUCUUGGCAACAGGCGGCUGUGAUGGCACUGUCAAGCUUUGGGAUGUGGUGAAGCAAUACUGCACUCACAACCUUAAGGGUGCUUCUGGUGUUGUGCACCUAGUUGAGUUCCACCCAGACACAGACCGUCUGCAGCUCUUCACAUCAUCAGUGGACUGCGGCAUUCGGCUUUGGGACCUGCGCACCAGCCAGGUUGUGUGCGUGCUUCAGAGCCACUACAGCGCCGUCACUUCACUCAGCUUCAGCUCUGAUGGCAACACCAUGAUCAGCUCGGGGAGGGACAAAAUCUGCACUGUUUGGGAUCUGAAAAGCCUGACAGUGAAGAGAACUGUACCUGUCUUUGAGGCGGUGGAAGGUGUUUUAAUUCUGCCUACGACAUUAGACCUCUCUCAAAUUGAAGUGAAGAACAAAGACUUGCAUUUCAUCACAGCUGGCAGCAAAGGCAUGUUGAGAGUGUGGGAGGCCAGUACGGGCCGCUGUGUCUACCAGCAGCCUCGGCCGACCAAUCUCAGUUCACCUCCAGAGGGGGAGGAGAAGGACGACGGUGAUCCCCGCAGUCUCACAUACUUGCUUGACCUGCCCGCGUCCGCCAGGCUGGCCACCGUCACAGCAGAGCACAACAUCGUUCUCUACCAGCUUCCUGCUCUCAGCACACAGCAGCAGUUUGUGGGUUACAAUGACGAGGUGCUGGACGUGAAAUUCCUGGGCCAAAAUGACAGCCACAUUGUGGUGGCGACCAACAGCUGCCAGCUCAAAGUGUUUGAGUUGCUCACCAACAGCUGCCAGAUCCUCUACGGGCACUCUGAUACUGUGUUGUCAUUGGAUGUGUUCAAAAAAGGCUUUGUCUUUGCAAGCUGCGCAAAGGACAGGUCAUUGCGUGUGUGGCAAAUGGACGCUGAUAGUGGCCAUGUCCGCUGCGUGGCUGUCGGCGCCAACCACGCUAACGCCGUUGGCUCCAUUUCGUUCUCCAGGUUGAAAGCAUCCUUCCUAGUGUCCGGUAGUCAGGACUGUACUGUGAAGGUGUGGGAUCUCCCCCCAGACUUAUCCACUGCAGCCACGGACUUGCAUCAGCUGAUUGCACGUACUACGGAGAAUGCUCACGAUAAGGAUGUCAACAGCGUGGCCGUUUCGCCCAACGACAAGCUGCUGGCUUCCGGCUCGCAGGACCGCACGGCCAAGCUGUGGUCCCUGGCGAGCCAGGGGACUAUCAAUCUGCUAGGCGUGUUUCGGGGCCACCGGCGCGGCGUCUGGUCUGUGUGCUUCUCGCCCGUUGACCAGGUGCUGGUCACUUCUUCCGCUGACGGUACCAUCAAGUUGUGGAGCCUGCAGGACUUCAGCUGUCUCAAGACAUUUGAAGGGCACGACGCCUCCGUGUUGAAGGUCAUCUUUGUGAGCCGAGGCACACAGCUGGUCAGCAGCGGCUCGGAUGGUCUGGUCAAACUGUGGACCAUCAAGACCAACGAGUGCGUGAAGACGCUUGACGGUCACCAGGACAAAGUCUGGGGGCUCCAUAGCAGCAGGAAGGACGACAAGAUGGUGACCGGUUCUGCCGACUCCAACAUAACCGUGUGGACGGACGUGACGGAAAUCGAGCUGGCUGAGGAGCAAGCCAAGCAGGAGGAUCAGAUUAUGAAGCAGCAGGAGUUGUCCAACCUGCUUCAUGAGAAGAAAUACUUGAAAGCUCUGGGCCUCGCUAUCUCGUUGGACCAGCCGCACACAGUCCUGUCCGUAAUUAAAGCAAUCCGACAAGAGGAAGACUGCAGUGAGCUUUUGGAAAAGACAGUUUUGAAACUUCGAGUGGAUCAGAAAGAGGCUCUACUGCGCUACUGUGGGGUAUGGAACACCAAUGCCAGGAACUGUCUAGAUGCCCAAGUGGUCCUCAAAGUUCUGCUCACUCACCUACCACCUGAAGAGCUGCUGCAGUAUCAGGGAGCCCGCACUGUUUUGGAGGGCCUUAUACCGUACACAGAGAGACACAUGCAGCGGAUCGGCCGUCUCCUGCAGGCGUCCAUGUUCCUGAACUACAUGUGGCAGAAGAUGAGAGUAGCCGGAGCGCCGGCUAGCAUGGACCAAGAUGAAGAAAUGGACACUACUCCUCUUGGCUCUGAACCCGUGUUUAUGAUCAGCAAAGAGGGGUCAAAAGCUAGCCAAGACAGCCACGAUGCGGGCGAUAGUGAAAACGAACUUAAAGAGGAAGAAGACAGCGAUGACGAUGAGGUGAGUGCCACCAACAAAGCCACCACAAAUGGCAACCACCACCCAGAGAGCGCGGAGAUUUCUGAUGAGGAAGACGUGGAAGAAGACGAGCGGGAUCAAAUGAUAGUGAAAGCUGCAAAACAUCUUGCAACUUCCUCUUUUUCACAAGGCUCUACUGUCACCAGCUGAUCGGCAUGACGCUACCACGCACAGUCUACUUUUCUUAAUAGCUUCAGUGAACCAUUAAGGAAACAAGGGCGUUGUUGUCUGCUGUCACGUUAAUUGUACAGUAAUAAGCGUUCCUGUGCAGCAGCUAGUAAUAACUGUUUGCUCCGCCCAGUACACCCGCGCUACUGCAAUCAUGUAAGAGGGUGUUUUUUUUGGGGGGGGGGUAUUUUUCUCUUUACAUACACAGGAACAUUUUUAGGGGAGGUAAUUUCAGUAUUCAACAGAACUCUGAGUGAAAAUUCAUGUAGAAAGCCACCCACUCCAGGUGACUUUCAAUCUAGCGUGGUCACAGUCAGAGUGAAAUAUGUGCUUUAUUUGCUUUAUUAUUGAAAUAAAAAAGGAUGUAUUUUAUAUGAAGCAAUCGGUGACUUGAAAUUGUCUUUAUACAUAAAACCAGAAUGGAGACCUAACAUAUAGUUGACUUUAGGAGUGGGAACCUCAGGGCACCUCACGAUACGAUACGAUUCGCGAUACAAGGCUCACGAUAACGAUUAUCUUACGAUAUCACGAUACAGCGAUUAUUGAUAUAUUGGUCAGAAAUUGGAUCCAUGACAUUCUACGAUACAACUGUUGAAACGAAAAAAAAAAUCUAAAUAGAAAAAUACUGUUUGAGUCAUUUAUUAAACAGUGACACCUUUUCUGUGCAACAUUGCUGUAAAAUAUAAAUACUGCAAAUUGUGCACCUGCACAUAUAGAGGAAACAAACCACAACCACUGAUAUCGCUUGGAGAGAUCAUGAUGAAUGGCACCCUUAAUUUCUUUAAAGUUUUAAAUCUAAAAAAAAAAAAAAAAUGCUGUAGGUGUCAGCAGUUGAGCUUGGAGUGGGGCAAUGAUAAAAUUGGUGGGUCUUUUCUUCGUAUAUGACCUUUGUUGCUUGGUUUGAGCACUUCCACUAUCUGCUUCAACAUUUAAGAUGUCAGACUUGCUCAGUCACAGCCUUCCUCACCUUAAAAACAACAAAAUAAAACAAAAAAUAUUAGCUACUUCAUAGCUUUUUAGUUGAAAUCCUGAUUUUUUUGUGUUGUAAGUAUUGAAUUAAAAAAUAUAAAUUGAAUGUUUAGAAAUUAAAAAUGCAAUAAUUACCUAUUUUUAAUAUGUAGGCUACAUUAAUUAUCAUGCACAUCACUUUAUAUAUUUUGGAACCUAUUCAAACCAUUUUUAUAGCUUAUUGUAUCAAAAUGACAGUAAUAACAGUUUGUGUAGUAAACUAGAGGGAAAGUGGUUCUCAAAUAAUAUCAAAUAAAUCUGUAAAUUCAUGUGGGCUUGUUCGAUAUUCAUUUUCAUCCAGUUUAGGGUCCUGGUUUAUUUCAUAUCAUUCAACACCAAAUGUCAUCAAAAUAAUACAUGUAAAUAAAAAAUCAAUUACAUUGCAAAACUUUCUUACUUCAAGUUAUGAAUGCGAAGCAGUGAAAAAAUCCGGUGUGCACUUCGUCACCAGCUCCCAGUGAACCUUAUUUUUGUUAGACAAUUCUUGCAUAAAGCAAAGUCCUUGUUCACCUUACUUCUUUUCUUGUUGGUGUAAAAUCUAAAGUGUGUCCCCAUGUGUGAUUUGUAGCAAUAUUUUUCUCAUUUUUUUCCUCCACCGUUUUCACAGAGCUUUUUUAUUUUAUCAACCCAGUUGGAGCUUCCUGUCUUCUUCUCUAGACGACUUGUGCGCACUUUACCUUCACCGCCACUCCCGAGCGCCCCUAGUGGACCUCCAAGGAAUUGCUCAACAAACAUUGAGCAAUUUACAGCAUCCAUACUCCAUUGUAUGGCCAAUAUGUUAAAUAAAAGUAUCGAUACUUGGCGGGAGCAUAUCGAUAACCGAUCAGGUUGCAAAAUAUCGCGAU